CUCCCGGGAGAGGGGGCGCCGAGGACCCGCAGCCGCCGGGAGAGGCGGCCCGCCUGGCUCACCGCGCCGGGCAGCCCGCCCAGCGACGAGGUUUGACUGGCGGGCGCGGGGGCCGCUCAGCGCCCUCACCUCUCUCUCCGGUGGCUUCGCGGGCGGCGCUCGAGGAGCGGGGGAGCCGUCGCCGGGCCCACUCGCCGGCCGCCCCAGCCUCAGCCCCCGCCGCCGCCGCCUCGUCUCGCCGGCCGAGCCCGCACCGUCGCCUCCGCUGCCCCAGCGCCGAAGCCAUGGCGGGCGCCGCGUCCCCCUGCGCCAACGGCUGCGGGCCCGGCGCGCCCUCCGACGCCGAGGUGCUGCACCUCUGCCGCAGCCUCGAGGUGGGCACCGUCAUGACUUUGUUCUACUCCAAGAAGUCGCAGCGGCCCGAGCGGAAGACCUUCCAGGUCAAGCUGGAGACUCGGCAGAUCACGUGGAGCCGCGGCGCCGACAAGAUCGAGGGGGCCAUUGACAUUCGAGAAAUCAAGGAGAUCCGCCCAGGGAAGACUUCACGGGACUUUGAUCGCUAUCAAGAGGACCCUGCUUUCCGACCAGACCAGUCACAUUGCUUUGUCAUCCUGUAUGGGAUGGAAUUCCGCCUGAAGACCCUGAGUCUGCAAGCUACAUCUGAGGAUGAAGUGAACAUGUGGAUCAAGGGCUUGACUUGGCUGAUGGAGGACACAUUGCAGGCAGCCACACCCCUGCAGAUUGAGAGGUGGCUGCGGAAGCAGUUCUACUCGGUGGAUCGGAAUCGUGAGGAUCGUAUAUCAGCCAAGGACCUGAAGAAUAUGCUGUCCCAGGUCAACUACCGGGUCCCCAACAUGCGCUCCCUCCGAGAGCGUCUGACGGACCUGGAGCUGCGCAGCAGCGAUAUCACCUAUGGGCAGUUUGCUCAGGUGUACCGCAGCCUCAUGUACAGCGACCAGAAGACGAUGGACCUCCCCUUCUUGGAAGCCUGCGCCCCAAGGGCAGGGGAGCGGCCAGAGCUCUGCCGAAUGUCCCUUCCGGAGUUCCAGCAAUUCCUCCUCGAGUACCAGGCGGAGCUGUGGGCUGUCGACCGACUCCAGGUGCAGGAGUUCAUGCUCGACUUCCUCCGAGACCCCUUGAGAGAGAUUGAGGAGCCAUACUUCUCCCUGGAUGAGUUUGUCACCUUCCUGUUCUCUAAGGAGAACAGUGUGUGGAACUCGCAGCUGGAUGUGGUGUGCCCGGACACCAUGAACAACCCUCUCUCCCACUACUGGAUCUCCUCCUCGCACAACACGUACCUGACCGGGGACCAGUUCUCCAGCGAGUCCUCCCUGGAAGCCUAUGCUCGCUGCCUGCGCAUGGGCUGCCGCUGUAUUGAGUUGGACUGCUGGGACGGCCCAGACGGGAUGCCAGUCAUUUACCAUGGACACACCCUUACGACCAAGAUCAAGUUCUCAGACGUCCUGCACACCAUCAAGGAGCAUGCCUUCGUGGCCUCAGAGUACCCGGUCAUCCUGUCCAUCGAGGACCACUGCAGCAUUGCUCAGCAGAGGAACAUGGCCCAGCACUUCAAGAAGGUGCUCGGGGACACACUCCUCACCAAGCCCGUGGACAUUGCUGCCGACGGGCUCCCUUCCCCCAACCAGCUCAAGAGGAAGAUCCUUAUCAAGCACAAGAAGCUGGCUGAGGGCAGUGCCUAUGAGGAGGUGCCUUCGUCUGUGAUGUACUCUGAGAACGACAUCAGCAACUCCAUCAAGAAUGGCAUCCUCUACCUGGAAGACCCUGUGAACCAUGAGUGGUAUCCCCACUACUUUGUUCUGACCAGCAGCAAGAUCUACUACUCUGAGGAGACCAGCAGUGACCAGGGCAAUGAGGAUGAGGAAGAGCCCAAGGAGGCCAGUGGCAGCACCGAGCUGCACUCCAAUGAGAAGUGGUUCCAUGGGAAGCUUGGGGCAGGACGGGACGGGAGGCACAUUGCCGAGCGCCUGCUGACUGAGUACUGCAUUGAGACCGGGGCCCCUGAUGGCUCCUUCCUAGUGCGCGAGAGCGAGACCUUCGUUGGCGACUACACCCUCUCUUUCUGGCGGAACGGGAAGGUCCAACACUGCCGGAUCCACUCCCGGCAGGAUGCUGGGACCCCCAAGUUCUUCUUGACAGACAACCUUGUAUUUGACUCACUCUAUGACCUCAUCACGCACUACCAGCAGGUGCCCCUGCGCUGCAAUGAAUUUGAGAUGCGCCUCUCGGAGCCUGUCCCCCAGACCAAUGCCCACGAAAGCAAAGAAUGGUACCACGCGAGCCUGACCAGAGCGCAGGCUGAGCACAUGCUGAUGCGCGUCCCCCGUGACGGGGCCUUCCUGGUGCGGAAACGGAAUGAGCCCAACUCCUACGCCAUCUCCUUCCGGGCUGAAGGCAAGAUCAAGCAUUGCCGUGUCCAGCAGGAGGGCCAGACAGUGAUGCUGGGCAACUCGGAGUUUGACAGCCUUGUCGACCUCAUCAGUUACUACGAGAAGCAUCCACUGUAUCGAAAGAUGAAGCUGCGCUAUCCCAUCAAUGAGGAGGCACUGGAGAAGAUAGGCACAGCUGAGCCUGACUAUGGGGCCUUGUAUGAGGGACGCAACCCUGGCUUUUAUGUGGAGGCAAACCCUAUGCCGACUUUUAAGUGUGCAGUCAAAGCCCUCUUUGACUACAAGGCCCAGAGAGACGACGAGCUGACUUUCACCAAGAGCGCCAUCAUCCAGAAUGUGGAGAAGCAGGACGGAGGCUGGUGGCGGGGAGACUAUGGUGGGAAGAAGCAACUCUGGUUCCCGUCAAACUACGUGGAGGAGAUGGUCAGCCCAGCAGUCCUGGAGCCUGAGAGGGAGCACUUGGACGAGAACAGCCCCCUGGGGGACUUGCUGCGGGGAGUCUUGGAUGUUCCAGCUUGUCAGAUUGCCAUCCGUCCUGAGGGCAAGAACAAUCGGCCAUUCGUCUUCUCCAUCAGUAUGGCAUCGGUGGCGCAGUGGUCCCUGGAUGUUGCUGCCGACUCACAGGAGGAGCUGCAGGACUGGGUGAAAAAGAUCCGUGAAGUGGCCCAGACCGCAGAUGCCAGGCUCACUGAGGGGAAGAUGAUGGAGCGGAGGAAGAAGAUCGCCCUUGAACUGUCCGAGCUUGUCGUCUACUGCCGACCUGUUCCCUUCGAUGAAGAGAAGAUUGGCACAGAACGUGCCUGCUACCGGGACAUGUCGUCCUUCCCGGAAACCAAGGCGGAGAAGUAUGUGAACAAGGCCAAAGGCAAGAAGUUCCUGCAGUACAACCGGCUGCAGCUCUCCCGCAUCUACCCCAAAGGCCAGCGGCUAGACUCCUCCAAUUAUGACCCCUUGCCCAUGUGGAUCUGUGGCAGUCAGCUGGUGGCCCUCAACUUCCAGACCCCAGACAAGCCCAUGCAGAUGAACCAGGCCCUCUUCAUGACCGGCGGGCACUGCGGCUACGUGCUGCAGCCCAGCACCAUGCGGGACGAGGCCUUCGACCCCUUUGACAAGAGCAGCCUCCGAGGGCUGGAGCCACGCGCCAUCUGCAUCGAGGUGCUGGGCGCCCGGCAUCUACCAAAGAAUGGCCGAGGCAUUGUGUGUCCCUUUGUGGAGAUUGAGGUUGCUGGAGCUGAGUAUGACAACAACAAGCAGAAGACAGAGUUUGUGGUGGACAAUGGCCUCAACCCCGUGUGGCCGGCCAAGCCCUUCCACUUCCAAAUCAGUAACCCUGAAUUCGCUUUCCUGCGCUUUGUGGUGUAUGAGGAAGACAUGUUUAGUGACCAGAACUUCCUGGCUCAGGCUACUUUCCCGGUGAAAGGCCUGAAGACAGGAUACAGAGCAGUGCCUUUGAAGAACAACUACAGUGAGGACCUGGAGUUGGCUUCCCUGCUGGUCAAGGUCGACAUUUUCCCUGCCAAGCAGGAGAACGGUGACCUCAGUCCCUUCAGUGGCAUGUCCCUGCGGGAGCGGGGCUCUGAUGCCUCGGGCCAGCUGUUCCAUGGCCGGGCCCGCGAAGGCUCCUUUGAAGCGCGCUACCAGCAGCCAUUUGAAGACUUUCGCAUCUCCCAGGAGCAUCUCCCAGACAAUUUUGACAGCCGGGAGAGAAGGGCCCCACGAAGGACUCGGGUCAACGGAGACAAUCGCCUCUAGCUGUGCCCCAGCCUCAUGGAGAGCAGCAGGUGCUGCGUGCCUCUUGGAAUGCCGUGAACUGGGUUCGUUGGAAGCGGCCUGCCAUGGCACCCUUCCUGGUCUCGCAGCCUGGAGCCUGAAUUCCAGCAGAGAAUGCUAGACAAAAACCAAGCCAUUAAGAUGUAUUCCUGUUUGGGGCCUCCACAGCCCAGCCUGAGUGAAGGCAAAAACUACUGUGUCUCGCAUUAAGCACACACAUCUGGCCUGACUUCUGGAGGUGGAUCCUACCAUCUUGUGGGGCCAGGACCAUGUCCGAAGCCCCUUGGAGAGAGAGGCUGCCUCAGCUGGCAUCACAGGAGGCUCUGAGGAGCAGCAGCAGCCUUGCUGGGCCAGGGAAACCAAGUUUACAUUGUCCUGCAGCUUUAAAACCAUAGCCGGGCAGGGUGGGGGGUGGAUGCCCCCCAGUUUGGCCUUGGAGUUAGGGCACAGGAGCACAGGGCCUGCCCGAGGAGGAGGACACAGCACAAGGGCACAUUGCCCAUGGCGGGGAACACGACCCAGCCUGAAA